UGUCCUUUACUUGAAGUGACUACUGUAUAUGAAUUAAUUAUAGUAUGCAGUAGCCUUUUCCAGUCUAGUGCUUUCCAGAUAUGGAAGUGAGUUCUUGAAGUUUCAGUUCCAACACUUUGAAACCUAUUGCCUUUUGGAUAUUAUCAAAGGGACAGAAAAUAUCUCAUGAAGCAAUGAGCAAUCAAACAAUCUCUGGAUUUCUUCUUCUUGAAUUUACAACAAAUUCAGAACUUCAGAUAUUGCAUUUUGUUGCAUUCCUGAUACUGUACUUGGGAAUAGUUAUGGCAAAUGUUCUUAUAAUCUCUGCAGUAAUUUUUGACAGUCACCUACAUUGCCCCAUGUACUUCUUUCUAAUGAACUUGGCCAUACAAGACAUUGGUCAAGUUUCAGUCAUUAUCCCCAAAUCCAUGAUCAAUUCUCUCAAGAAUACUAGAUACAUUUCUUAUUCUGGAUGUGUUGCUCAGGUUUUUUUCCUUAUCUUUUUCAUGGGGUCUGAUUUCUCUCUUCUCACAGUCAUGGCAUAUGAUCGCUAUAUUGCCAUUUGCAAACCUUUACAUUAUGAGAUGGUGAUGAGUAGAACAGUCUGCAAGCAAAUCAUUGCUAGCACAUGGAUAAGUGGUCUUCUUUAUGGAUUAGUACACACUGCAGGCACAUUUGCAAACACUUUUUGCUCUAAUGUUGCCAAUCAAUUUUUCUGUGAAAUUCCACAUUUGCUUACUCUUUCCUGCUCAGACUGGUAUUUUCAUGAAAUUUUAAUUAUUUUAUUAAGUUGUAGUUUAGGUUUAGUUUGCUUUACCUUUGUCAUUCUCUCUUAUACAAAGAUUUUGAUUAUAGUGUUGAGAAUUCCAUCAGUUCAUGGGGAAAAAAAAGUGUUCUCAACCUGCCUUCCACAUCUCAUUGUAUUUUCUAUAUUUAUGUCAACUACAAUGUUUGCUUAUUUGAAGCCCAACACUAACAUUGAAUCACAUCUGAAUUUAUUAUUUACUAUUAUAUAUUCUUUAAUGCCCCCACUACUGAACCCAAUAAUUUAUGGUCUAAGAAACAAAGACAUCGGACUUGCCUUAAAAAAACUAUUAGGUUUCAAACCUUCUUCAGAAAAAAAGUAAUGUCAAUUUUUCAGCCUAAUAUGUUAGAGGCUGAAAUAAAGGAAUUCUUCAUAUUUCUGCUAAUUCUUCUUUAAUGUGAUGAAAGCUAAUUUGUUUUAUAUUUUGCUUCAAAGUCAUUUAAUUUGAAAACUAAAAACAAAAUCAAAUGUUGAAUGUGCAUAUAGAAAGACAUGUCAGUACUGUGUGAUUGUAGCAGGAAGAUAUAUCAGAAAUUAAUCUGAAUCUUUAACUUAUGUAAGUUUGGAAGUAUUCUGAGUGCUAGUUGGUGUUGAUGGAUGCACUCUUGUAAUCUUCUGCUUGUUUAUCCUACAUUAGUUGCUGUUACUGCCCUUACUCUGUAUGUUUUGUAUGACUCAUUUUUUUUGGGGGGGGGAGAGACUGCUGGGUAUUUUGCUUUACUUAGGGCUAUAGCUGGUUACAAACAAUAGUUUGAGUUCCUCUCACAAUUACUGCUGAUGAGUCCCAUACCAUCUAUUCAAUACUUGUGCAUUUUGUUUUUCCUAACUAAUUGUAAAACCUUCUUUUUUCAUAACUGAAUUGUAUUUUAUUGGAUAGGUCCAGUGUUCAAGUCUCUCAAGGUCCUUCUGGAUCUUGAACCUAUCUUCUAAAAUGUUGGCUAUUCUCCCCAGCUUGGUAUCAUCUGAAAAUUUGAUGAGUUCCUUUUCUAUCCCCUCAUCUAAAUUAUUAUGAAGAUGUUCAAGAGUACUGAGCCUGAGACAGAACUUUGGUUUACCCUCUGCAUGCUUCCCUUCAUGUAGAUGUAAUCUCUUUGAAGACUGCACAUUGAGUGUAGUUGAUUAGCCAAUUACUAAUUCAAUUGGUGGUGAUGCUGUCUAUCCCACAAGUAGGUUUUAGUUUACUUUGUCAAAAUUAUCUUAAGGUAAGAUGGGCAGUCUAUAUAUUAAAUAAAUAAAUAAAUAAAUACUAUGUCAGCAGCAUUUCACUUUUCCACUAAUUUAAUUACUUUGUUAAAUAAUACAAUGAUGUUUGUUUGGCAUGAUCUGUUUUGGAUAAAUUCAUGUUGGCUUCCAGUAAUUUCUUUGCUUGUUUCUAGUUGUUCACAGAUCAGUUGCUUGAUUAUCUUUUCCAGAAUUUUCCCAGGUAUUGAUGUCAGGCUGAUUGGUCUAGUUUCCUGGAUCCAAUUUUUCCUCCUUUUCAAAUAUGGGAACCACACCAGCUCUUUCCAAGUCUUCUGGUAGUUCUGCAAUGCUCCAGGAUCUUUAAAAAAUAUACUUCAGUGGUUCUAAGAUCAUUUCUACCAGCUAUAGUGAUGGCAUGUGAUUGUAAUAGUCUAUUGGUGGUUUCUGAUAUGUUUUUGAUGUGUGGCAGUGUUAUUAUUUUCACAGCUUGUGUUGAUUGUGCAAUAUUGGUUUGAGUGUUCAAGCACUUUUUGAUAAAAUUACAUAGAUAUCCAUUUUGUUGGAAGAUGUUAUACAGACGAUCUCUUUUAUUUUUCUGAUAUUCAGGAUUGCUUCAAUGUAUUUGUGCUCAUCUAAAUAGCUUCUUUUGUGAAAAGUUGGAUUUUAUACUGUAGUGGAGCAGUUGGUUGGUGUGGGUAGUUUUAUGAUAGAUUUCUGUUUCUAAUUUGCCAUCACUGAUGAGGAUAUUUAGGAAGAGUAGAGUAUUGUUAGUUUCUUCUUACCUUGUUAAUUUCAU